UUAAAUUUUCAAUCAAUGUGCAUGUAGUCUGAACUAAAACAGCUUUAGGAUGUCUGUAUUGUAUAUAUGGAAGAUAACAGGAUACAUAAUAUAUAUGAUAAUUCAAAUAUAAAUAUAAUUCAAAAUAACCGUAAAAACAAUUAUUUGUAUACAUCCACACAAAUACCUGAGCAAAACCAAAACCUUAGAUAUAGCUCGGCUAAUUAUGUACAACAUUCGCAAAAUAUUUCUUCGUUAGAUGCAUAUAUAAAUUCUAAUCAAGUUAAAGCAAAUAUUCUUAAUGAAAGUAAUAAAGUGAUGCUUAAAAGAGAAUUAGAUCAGCGUUUUUUGAAUAUGAUGAGAUAUUCUAUUCCUGAGAAUAAUUUUCCUUCAUAUUACAAUCUACAACCAAAUUACAAUUUUCCCACAUACAUCCCAUAUAUGUGUCAAAUUCCUAAUAAUUAUAAAUUUCUGAAUUCUGAUGUGACCAAUGGUUGGCAAAAUGGGUUUGAUAUAGGAAACAUUGCCUAUGAUAAUAAAUAUAAUUCCUGUGUUACCUCUGUAAUCAAUGAAUCCUCCCUUGAUCAUUAUAGCUAUGAAUCAAUAUCAACUCCUUUUGAUCCAAAUCAAAUUAGCACACCUAAAAUUUCAUUGCCUAGUCAGAAACUUUUAAAAACUAAUCAAUCAUUACAUUUGCCCAAUCAUUCAACAUGUGCAAUAGCAACCAACAAUUCCAUCUGUAAUGAUAAUUGCAAAGGACUCAGAAAGAAAAAGAAAAGAUCUCUUGAACCCGAAAAGAGCGCAGAAAGUGAUCGACGUUUGCCAAUCAUGAACCAAAAGAAAGCCAGUGGUUGGGCCCUUCAUAUUCAUUUAGCGUGGCUCAUACAUUACCACCAAGAAUAUAGCAAAAUAAACCACCUGAACCCGAAUCUAUCGCAGUCCAAUAGUCACGACAAUUGCACCUUCAAAAAACUUCAAAAAAUGGUCAACGAAUCGUAUAACGUUAGCGGUUUAUUCGGUCAGCCGCUGCCUAAAACAAUAUUUAAGGAGAAUAUGAACGAAUCCAACUUAACGAUAGGCACAGUUAAGAAAUCCAGUUUUACUCCCAUUUCUCGUAACAUUGUUUAAAAAAAAUUUUCAUUUUUGCAAAAAAUUCAAAUUGUGAAAAACGAAACGACGACACUGCUAGUAAAAUAAUAUUAAAAACAGGGUAAAAUAUUUUUUAUUUAUAAAAAAACAAAAUUAUCACAUUACAACAGGGUAUUUUAGUCAUCAUAACAUUAAAAAUAGAACAUUUAUAUUUUUUUUCGAUAUUUAAUUUCAUUUUUAAUAACUAAUUUUA